GAAGACAGAUUAAGGACGCUUACAUCAAGAAAGAAGGUUUCCAAUUUGACCGGUGAAGAUGAGAGACGCGUGAUAAGAAGAAUGACCAUUCCAACGCCAGUCAAUGAUAGAUUAAAGGAGUUUUCUUUCUAAGUUCUUACUGACGCCAGGACCAAGGGACCGGUCAAAGAUCACUCCGACUUUGGACAAAGUGGAGAGCCACAGCUGAGGGCUGAAGCCGGGCAUUGCAAAAGAGUUACUUGGCCAGACAACUCUCAUGUCUCCUUCUCCAAAUCUGCAGGUUUAAUUCCCAGCUACAGCUUCAUUCAACACAGGCAGUUAGGAUAUCAUGUAUUUGAACGCAGCGCCUUGACCGCUUUUCUGCCAGCCCCCAUCUGGUCUGAAUUCUUCUGACUUACUGCAGCAGAUUCCUUUAACCUAGCAACACACAACUUCACCAAGACUUCAAUAAACAGGGAUUAUUCACAGUGGAAGAUGAUGUGGAGUGUUGUGUUCGUGCUGGCUGCUGCCCUCAGUGUGGAGUCCUAUGCUAUCCGGGACCAACAAGAGCGUUUGAACCAUGGUGGCCAGCUCAAGAUCUACCUGCCCAAGAGUGCAGAGACGCUAGAGUUCACUCCAGCGGAUGAACCUGGGAGGACAUCUUUAUUAUGGGGGAAGGGACACAGGACGAGCAGAGGCAGGGUGUCAGGAACAGGCAGCGACAGGCGCUGGUACGUUGAUAAGGUGACUUAUGAGGACCAGGGGACAUACACCCAGAGAGACUUCUGGAAUAAAGAGAUUUCCAAUGUCAAAGUGGCCGUCAUAACCAAACGCAACUUUAAGAAGUGCAUAGUAGGAGAGAGUCUUUACAUCUCACUGGAGGGCAUCGACCUGGCAGAUUCUUUCCUCUACUUCUCUGGAGCUGCUGCCAACGUUACACUGGUACAAGAUGGUGCUCGGGUGUCCCAGGACCUUCCAGAUUAUUGGGAUCGGGUUCAGACCCAUUCCAUGAAUAUCGAGAUCAGAAAUGUGAACUACAGUGAUGAGGGACAUUACACCCUGAAAGACCGCAAGAACCGGGUGGUGUCUAUUAGCAGGAUGGAAAUAACAGACCAUCAUGAAGGCGGAAACCCUCUCUUGGCUCUGCUCCUCCUGCUGGGCAUCCCAGCUGGAAUUUGCUGCUGCUGUCGAAAGAAGAUCUUCAAGAAGAAAGCCACCACAGCUUCAACACUACAGACUACUCCCGAUGCAGUCCAUCCUCCUCCAUCUGGUCCGGUUGGACCUGCUCCUCCCUACAACACUCCCGGACAACCAGGAGUGAUGUAUUACCAUGGCCCGGACCCUAGCAUGGGUCCUCAAGCCCAUCCUCCCCCUCAGUGGAGCGGCCCUGCACCCGCCCCUGGCUUUAACCCAGCCUAUCCACCCCAGAACUUACCCUACCCUCCUGCUGGUCCAGCUAUGGUCCCCCCACAAUGGAAUGGGCCAUCACCAGGCCAGUACCCUCCCGGACAAGUUCCUCCAAUGGGCUAUGCUCCAGCUCCAGUCAUGUUCAGUGCUGCUCCACCAGCAGCCGCCAGUGAAAAUGUUCCCGAGGUUAAGAUGAGUAUGGAUCCCUCACCUGCUGACCCCCUGCUGACUGCCACACCACAGGCAGAAGCUGCAUCCUCUCCUGUAGCUCCUGUGCCCCCUUCCACAAACAACUUCCUGAGCUCCAAUGAUGGUGCCUGCCAGUUCAAGAUUGACUAAGGCAUCCUUUAUGUUCGCUGACUCCUGCAGAUAAAACAGGAUAUAACCUGGAUAUAACAGGGCCAAUCUGUGACCAGGUGCCGGUUGAAACGAUGUACAGCUGAGUUUUGGCAGUAGGAGACAAAAAAAGGUGUUAUCUUGAAGUGUUAUCAUGUGGAAUGAAAGUGUGAUAUUAUUAUCUGAUUAGAAUAUCCUAAAAACGGGGCUGGGUUCAGAUCACGAACACAUGAUUGUAGUUUUUAUCAACUUUUUUCACUGAUUCCAGACCUGUUCUUUUUUAUUUUAUUAGUUAUUACUGUUAUAAAUACACCAGGAAAACCAAGCACUUAAGUAAAAAGACUGGGACUUACUAAAAAUCACAGUCUAAGAGCAACAAAAAAACAAACAAACAAACCAGUCCACAGGGAAAACCAUGGGCUGAAAAGACUCAAUAUUAAGAGCUAACAGACAUCUGGAACGGCCUGUAAAGUGUAUUGUGCACUCUUUGUGUAUGCAUGUAAGAAGUCUCAGAGUAAUUCCAAAAUAAUGUCUUUCUAUUAACUUUUUGGGAAUUUUUCCACCUCUAAAAUUUGUUUUCAAUCAGUCUGAACACACCUUCAGGGUUUUAUCUCACCAUUGUGUCAAGUGUCCAUUGCAAUUGAAGGCACUACCAGGAGCACAUUUACCACACAGUAACACCAUCCACUGGGUAGUUCUGCUCCUCACAGUCCCAUGCCCAGGCCCUUAUAUUACUGUAGCAUAUAUCUCAGGUUGGCUUAUUUUUAAAUGUAAUCCAGUAAGCAAUUUCUGCAUAGCGAAUGCAUUGAAUUAGCCUGGUCACCAUCCAAUCAACCACCAGCUACAGUUAAACAGCAUCAGUUAAGGGUGGAUUUUUAUUGUUAGGAAAAUAUAGAUAUCCGUCUGCAUGGAUGGGUCAAUACGAGGCAAGGCCCAGGGGCAAAAAUGAGCUGAGAACUCCUGAUGAUCCUUGUACUAUACUGUACACUGUACAAGUAACAUGUACACAGUAAAUGGUCUGCACUUAUAUAGUGCUUUACACUACAGACUGCGCUCAUUCACCCAUUCAACACACAUUUAUACUGGUGGCAGAGGCUAUCCUAAACAGUGCCACAUGGCACCAUUUGGAAUUCAUUCAUACACCGAUGAACACAGCAUCAGGAGCCAUUUGGGGUUCAGUAUCUUUCCCAAGGAUACUUGGUCAGGGAUCGAACCACAGACCUUCCGAUUAGUGGGCAACUGCUCUACCAAACGAGUACCAGCUGCUAUUUAUAUUUUGGCUGAAGCCCCAGAUUUGUUGUCCAACAUGUCUUUCAACUUUCAACUCUAUUUUGGCACCAGACAAAUCACAAUCUAACUGACAAAUAGUUACCUGGGGCUUUUGGGACCCUUGCAGUCUGGGACCCUGGGGUAACUACCUGGACGGCUUUACCUGACAGGUAUUCCAGCCAUAGCUGGGAGUCUGAAAUAGGGCCCAGUUGGGUUCAGCUUGUCUUAAAGACCCUGGUACAGCCUGUAUAUCAGCAGAACUCUCAAAUCAUGGCACAGAAUCAUUUUCUUAUGAGAAGUGCUUGAUGAAACAAAAUCACUCAAACAAUAGCUACCUCAUAGGUCAACACAGUCAUGUUUGUAUUGGUCAAUUGUAUUUUGUGAGUCAAGUUGAAUUGAAAUGGUCAGAAACACCUUGAAUCAUCUGAUAGUAAUAAUUCCAUUCAACCAAUUCAUCACAUGUUUUUCCGCCAGUUCCUUCAAUUUGUUCAUUAUUUGUUUGUAGAAUCCCCCAGCAGUUGAGCAGACACAUGGAAUUUCCGCAUUCUGUUGAGAUGUAGUCUUUGACUUGUUUGUUCCGUCUCUGGCUGUAUCUCAAAGUCAAGAAAGGAUCCUCAAACGGCUGAAUUGGAAGGAUUCUACGUCAUUGACAUGUCCCAGUGUCCAGGAUCCUCCAGAGGACAGAGUCCUUCUUCUGCCUAAAUUCCAAGGAUGCAUGUGUGCAUCCUCCGUGCGAUCCGACUACCCAUAAUGCUUUGCGCACUUGCGUCUACCGGGAGAUUUAAAAACGGCAAUCGAAGAAACAGCGACCCUAGCGGCGCAAUAUGAAUUUAAAUAUAUACGUAUUUUCAGUUUACACUGAAUGUUAUCACAUAACUUACAAAACUUGAGUUCAAAGUCAAGCAAACCAUAUCCAUAAACACAUGCCAGAAUAUUUAGCUAAAGAUAAUAAACGUCACCUUGAUACAUUGCCAGUUAUGUUAAUUAAUGCCGUCUCAGUCGCUAAAGUUAUUGUUGAUUAAUUUAUAUGCGUCAGAUGAUGAUGUACAAUGUGCAAAGUACGUAGCUAUGCCAUUCAGAAAGUUAUACAUUUGUUUAUUGUGUGAGAAGACCGACAGUCCGCUAUAAUCCUUUAUUGUUAUUUAUAAAUAACUGUUUUUAAACUACAGUGCUGAAUUUAAGCAGGACGUCCAAUUACGCAAUGAUGCACAGCUGCACACUCUGAAGGCUGUUCUAUUGGUGCAUUAUACAAGAGAUAGGAAGGAUUCUGGCCUCAUCUCUGGAGGACCCGACUCUGAAGGAAGGAUCUUUGACUUUGGGAUACAGCCUGUGAGUCUGUAUGCAGUUCCUAGGUCAGGCCCUUGGCGAUGUACUUGUAGCUGUCUACCCUCUUCACCAAGGACUUGUUUUUAUUAGGGGGACGUAGUUCUUUUCCUGCUUCUUCCCAAAGUCCACUAUCAUCUCCUUGCUGCUGUUGAGAAGUAGCUUGCUGUCCUGACACCAGUGGCUCAGGUCGUCUACUUUCUGUAGGCCUUUACCCAUUAUAUGUAUUAUUUUAGGCCAUUAUCUCUGAUCAGAACCAAAUGGUCUGGGUUUCUGUUGUGAAUGCUAAAUACCAAGUCAUAAGAAUGCUACCGGAAGAACCACUUUCACUGCCUUUAAGUGUGGCCUUGUGUCGUCUUACUGUUACUGCAAAAAAACUCUCAACAACUGAUUCUCCAUUCAAAGCCUGUGUAGCAGCCAUUUAUUGAAAUGACACAGUCAAAUAGGAAGUGGCAGCAUUCACUUGGAGACAACCUGUGUGUCAAGACAGUGUAGCAGCUUAACGUUUGUCAGUUGUUAAGCUUACUUCUGUCAUAAACAUGUAGGAAUAAGGGCCGGAACUCGAUUAAAAUAAUUGAUCUAAUUAAUUAGAGGCUUUGUAAUUAAUUAAACGAAAUUAAUCGCAUUUUAAUCGCAUAUAAAUAUUUGACCUGAGAACAGUGAGAAGUAAUUUUUUUCGCAUGGAUUUUUAGUAUACCAUUGAAUAAUGACUGAAUACAUAAGGUUAAGCAACAAAAAUAUUGUUUAUUUUUGUUCAAGUCACAGACCAGUGCCAUUUUUGCCAUUAAGUGUAGCAAUAGCAUAUUUAGAAAUAUAGGUAGACCUUCUGUAAACUAUAAUGCUUUGGUUUUUUAAGUAAAACACAAUCCACGCUAGCUACCACACUAGCCGCUAGCUGCUAUAUGUUUUGCAUUGAGGUGAUACUUGAGGCUGGAUGUGCUGCGGUGACAUGUGAAUUCCUUGUUGCAUAGCAACACAACCAUGCUCUUAUCGAUGCUUCCAUCCGUUGGUUUUUAGUAACAAAAUGUCCCAUCAUCCACGGGGCCAACCAAAGCGCUCUCAUCAGCUUCUUCCUUCAUGUUCACAGUGGUUUGUUGUUGUCUGAACUCAUGAACGCUAUUUGGUGCUCCAGUAUAAUCGGUCCGCCUGAAACUCAUCCAGUGAGAAACAUUCCGCGGUGCAAAAAUAAGUGCGAUUAAAAUGCCUCAAUUUUUUUAACGCGUUCAUUUUUGUGUUAAUAACUAAUCUUAAUUAACCCUAGUAGGAAUACACAAACGAUAAAUGAUGAAAAAUGUCCUCAACUGUGGUGCUUUGUUAUUCUUUGGUAGCAUCUGCACUCAACAUGGUCUGUUGAUGGUCCUUGUGUGUCUGAUCUCCAGCAGGGAGGUGAGGAAGCUUCCUGCUUAACUGGAAUGUUCACCUCAAAACCACUAACUCGUAUACAUUAAACUGUGUAUAGUAUCACAAAUGCCUUUCUUUACCGUGUCAUAGUUUUUCACUUUGUUUCUGGAGUUUAGUAAAUAAAGUUAAGAUGAAAUAAAGAUUAGAUGUUUAAUGAUCUUUGACUGGAGUCAGUUUAUGUCCUAAUAUAAUAUCUAGAUUACUGGGUUUUUGGAGUCUCGUAUUAAAUGGUCAAAUAAGUCCUGAACAUUAAAUGAAGGUCUGUCUUUUUUUUUUUUUUUUAUUGUCCCAAAUGUAGUAAUGGUGAGAUGUUGUGUGUUUAACAUAAUGUUGAAAUGUGAUAUUCACAAAAAAUUGAUGUAGUUUAUGGUUCUGGGUGUUUUGCUAGAGUAGAGGCACCAUCAAACUGGCUCAUUGUUUCUGGUAUUUGGCCUUUCCUGCUCUGGAUUGUAUGUCAAUAAAUUUUAUAUCUAAAAUGAAUUAGUACACAUACUUUAUAUGGAUGUGCAACAAGAUGUCAAUAAACUUAAGCAUGAAUAUGAAA